AGUGCUUUGUCAAAAUAUGACAACUGUGCCUCCUUGGGUCACGACGGCAAAUCCAGCUGGUCAAUCCCGGCCUCUUCUCUCUUAAGCUUUGCCUUUCUCCAGUCUCCAACCCUUGUAUAAAAACCCUUCUCCUCCAAAACCAUUCUUCUCCAGGAAUCAAGAAUUAGUUCCCUCUUUUACCACAUAUCUUCACAGUUCUUGAUUCUUAAACCCUUCAUAUUUCUCUCAUUCUUUACAUUUUUGCUGGAAGUAGCAUACAACUUAUUCUUUACAAUUUUAUUUAUUACUUUUUUUUACUACUGAAACAUGAACGCCAUGAUCUCUUCAUUAAAUUACACCCACACUACUUUCAUUUCAUCUGAUUUCCUACCCAGAAAGACUUCACUUCUUAAACCUCAAUUCUCUCCGCUACCCAUUAUCCAUAAUUCCCAUAGAAACCAAAUCUUUAACUCUUCACUUUCUUCAGAUAAGCCACUUCACAUUUCUUCACUCGAGAACUUCACAUUUUCCAAGAAAAACCAAAGCAGGGACUCAUUAACCGUCUGUAAUGCCUAUGAGGCUGACCGGUCACGGCCGCUGGACAUUAACAUUGAGCUUCCUGAUGAGCAGGCUGCACAAAAGAUCAAGAUUGGGGUAUAUUUUGCAACUUGGUGGGCUUUGAAUGUUGUAUUCAAUAUUUACAACAAGAAAGUGUUGAAUGCCUUUCCUUACCCUUGGCUCACUUCUACUCUCUCUCUUGCUUGUGGGUCUCUUAUGAUGCUCAUUUCUUGGGCUACUAAAGUUGCUGAUGCACCCAAAACUGAUUUUGAGUUUUGGAAGACUCUGUUUCCUGUUGCAGUGGCUCAUACAAUUGGUCAUGUGGCUGCUACUGUGAGUAUGUCUAAAGUUGCAGUCUCUUUCACUCACAUUAUUAAGAGUGGUGAGCCUGCUUUUAGUGUUUUGGUGUCAAGGUUUCUUUUGGGUCAGACAUUCCCUUUGCCAGUUUUUCUAUCACUUCUACCAAUUAUUGGAGGCUGUGCUUUAUCAGCUCUCACUGAGCUCAAUUUUAACAAGACUGGGUUUAUGGGGGCUAUGAUAUCCAAUUUGGCAUUUGUUUUCCGAAACAUAUUCUCGAAGAAGGGGAUGAAUGGGAAGUCUGUUAGUGGGAUGAACUACUAUGCUUGUUUAUCUAUGUUGUCUCUGUUGAUCCUCACCCCUUUUGCAAUCGCUAUGGAGGGGCCUCAGAUGUGGGCUGCCGGCUGGCAGAAUGCUGUUGCACAAAUUGGACCCAAUUUUGUUUGGUGGGUGGCAGCGCAGAGUAUUUUCUACCACUUGUAUAAUCAAGUUUCCUACAUGUCUCUUGAUCAGAUCUCUCCAUUGACAUUUAGCAUAGGAAAUACAAUGAAGCGGAUUUCAGUGAUAGUUUCCUCCAUCAUUAUCUUCCACACCCCUGUCCAACCUGUCAAUGCCCUUGGAGCUGCCAUUGCAAUUCUUGGCACUUUCCUGUAUUCACAGGCAAAGCAGUAAAGGAGUUCAGAGUUCCAAAGGUUUUGAUGUAAACAUUUAGAUGAUUCAAAAUACAAGUUUGGCCUGAAUGAUUGGUGAUGGCUUUUGAUCAAAGAAACUUGGCAAUGCCUUUCAUUAAACAAUCACUGGUGAUGGCCUUUGGAAAUUCACAGGGAAGUAGCUUAGCUAACGCAGAGUUACAAGGCAGUUUCUUCUGUCAAGAUCAGAGUGAUAAUGCUUAACAUCAUCAUAUAGUUACUGGUGGCUAAAUAAGUAGGCUUCGGUUUCCUUCCCCUCUGUAUUAUGCCCUGUCAAUCAAUAAAUAAAUGACUGGAGCACAUAUAGAUGCAGAGUUACAAUAAAAGAACGGAUUUCAGAUUUUUGGA